UAGAGCGAUUCGAGCCCGGACCGCAGGUAGUAGUGGCUGCAUGUAUAUUUCUCACAGUGAGCCAGACAAACUUUCACUGACUACUGGCCUGGCGAGCAGUAGUCGGAGAACAGCUAGCGCGCGUUGUUUCGAAUCAUUCGCAGUCAUUCGACGCCUUGGACACGGUAACAAUCAGUUGACUAGACUGCAGUUUUUUUUUUCUGCCUUUGUGCUUCACAAAUUCGUGACAACUGGAAAAAAAUGUCGAGUUCGGUGCAGUUGUGGCAUUGAGUGCUUAAUUCCAGUCGAUAACAAAGAGUUCUUCCACCUUUUUCCUCUUCGAUAUUUGAUAACAUUAAAAAAAAAAAAAAAAAAAAACAAAAAAAAAACAAUUUUCAAAUCGGCGUGAAAAUCAGUGCGCAAACGAGGCUAUAAAACAGUGUUUUUGAACGAUAACUCGGAGGAAAUCGAGAGUGAAUCGAAAGGGAAUUUGAAUCGACUCUAAUGGUCGAGGUGUGUUAGAAAUGAUUAUUCCGAACGGAAGCCGUUAACGACCAGGUUUCAGCUCGACUUUUCCAGCGUGUUUAUUGAAUUGCCGUAAAAAAAAACCGAAAAGAAAAAAGUAACGAUAAAACGAAACUGCAAAAUCAACUCGCUGCAGUUUCGAUGACGAUCGUGAGCUUGGAAUUCGCAACAUUUAUUGCUGAGAGUUCGAGUAAGCGAGAUGAAAGUGUUCGCCUCAUUCGGAUCCCCCUGAAAGUCCAAUAGUUAUUGGGAGAAAUCUUUUGUGACGACUGAAACUUUUCACCGAUAAAAUUCAAGCGAAGGAUUUCUUUCAGAACUUUUUUAUUCGAUAGAGCAGUGCGAGUAGGAGUUGCGGUUUUGAGGCACAGCAAAACUAAAAAGAAACUCAGCGAUCAUGGUCGUGGACACGGGGACCAUUCGCCUAGUCAUUUUCCUCGGUAUGUUCCUCGUCUUCGCCGGCGAUUACAGCACUUUUUUGGCCUCGAUAUUUGGUAACGCGCAACAAACAGCGAAAAAUUCUUCGUUACAAGGACCCGAAGGCCCACCGAGGAACGGACCUCGAGCUAUUGACAGCCUGGACCUGCUCGGUGAAGAGCGGGAGGAAGAAGUGGAUAAUGAAACGAGGAAGGCGAAAAUGAUGGCGACCAUAAAAAAUGCUUGUCUGCCGAAGCUCAUAUGCGAAUUGACCUCCUCGCCGUAUCAAGAUCAGCUCAGCGAGAUGGAAAGAUCGCUCCUGAGCCUCAUCAGGGACACGAGCUUGUCGAUGAUGGCGGAACUCCCCUCGAGAUAUCAUUUCGGUGCACACAUGGGUCAACUAAUAGCCGGCAUUGAGGGUCAAGGCUGUCACAACUUUUUUCCUACGUGUCCUUUGCCUCGCUCCAGUGUCCUCAAUAUGAUGAAAAAAAUCAGAAUGCGUUAGUCUCGAGUUCCGCACACGUGAUAAUAUUGUCGAGUCAGUGAUAAAGAAGAAACGAGCCGAAAAAUUGACGUUCGGAAAAAUUGCGCAUCAAUUUGUUGGCCAAUUAGUGUUCUCCGAUCCGAUACUUUCGAAGGGAAAACGAAAAACUGAUUUUUUAUUACUGUGUGAUAUGAAUCUCGACAAUUUUUCAUUCGCCGAGUCGAAUUUGUAAAAGGAACGUUGUAAAUAUUCCAUAACCACGUAAUUUAUAUUUAAUUGUAAAUAAACGUCGUUAAUGAUAA